ACUGUAAACUUGUUGUUUCUGUUUCACACUGGCAUAGCCCAAUCCGCCUUAUCAACACUAAUUACACAAGAUGAUACCGCUACUGGUUCUAAUCUAACACAUAAGAUAAUUUCGGGUUAAUUAUCGAAACAGUCAUUCAAGUUUGAGGUGACCAAUAAAUCAAUCACUCGUUCUUUAAAAGCAAAAACUAAUCUGUCUUAUUAAAUUUUUUACUGAAUCUGCGAAACCGAAGGGUUACAUCUAUCCAAAAACUGAAGCUCGAUGACCGUUUUGUUAGCUGCUCCAAAGUUGGAGGACUAUUCAUGUAAAUAGAAUAUAACAAACCUACUGCGAUUAGUUCUAGGGAAUGUAAGAGAAAACACCUAUUUCCCUACUUAGUAAUGUCCUUCAAUGAUAUGGACAUUUUGACUUAUGACAGUAGCUGUCAUCUCUUUGCCACUGUCUCUUCCUCUCUGCCCAAGAAGCCCUAGAUAAAAACCCACCCAAUUCUCAAAAUGAUUCAUCAACCAUCACCUUACCCAAACAUAGAAAGCACCAAAGCUAUGCAGGAAGCUACGGUGAGGACCAAGAGCUUCCGGGAUGAGGACUACAGCUACAGGAGGGUGUUUCUGAGGAGCUAUCCGCUUCACUGGGAAGCGGACGAUAAAAGCGAUGAUGACUUCGGCAUGGCUGCCAACAAGAACGACGAGAAGAGACCUAUGAAGAAGAUGAUACUAUCGGUGUUUCAGUGGGGAGAAGCUAGGGUUCUGGUUCUGAGGAGAUUCAAGCACAAGGUCACGGUUUACGCCGUGAGUUGUAUCCCUGGUGGCUAAACAAACAAGACUUCUGGGGUCCUAAUUUCAACCUGAACUCCAUCCUUCUUCAGUAAGAAACUCCACUUGAGCCACACAUACAAGGGGAGGCAACUAAUAAUGUAUGUGAUAGGAU